AUGGACGCCGCCUCGCCGCAUCCCGCGCCGAUGAAGGUCGAGCCCACGCGCUCGAUGGAGGAGGAGGAGGAGGAGGAGGAGGAGGAGGAGGAGGAGACGCCGUCGUCGUCGCCGUUCGUCGUCAACCUCAUCUCCGACGCGGACGGCGACGACCUCGACGUCGCCGUCGCCGCGAGCCCCGCGAAGCGAGAGCCGCCGACGCCCGCGCCGGAGCCGUCGCCUCGACCCGGCGCGCGGCCGAGCGCAUCGUCUGAGUGCGACUUCGAGACGCUCGCCGCGAGAGUGCGCGCGUGGACGUGCGCGGAGCGCGAGCGCGACGAGCUCGAGGACGCGCGCGCGCGCGUCGCGGCGGCAGAGCGCGCCGCGGAGGAAGCCAAGGCGCUCGCGAGAGAGGCGAAGCGAACCGCGAAGGCGGUCAAGCGCGAAGCGGAGAAGGCCGCGGCCGCGCCGACGAGCGGGUCGCGCGCGGACCUGAUCGGCAAGUCCUUCGCCGCGAUCGUGGAGCACGCGAAGACGAAGGCGCCGACGGAGAUGGAAGGCGUCGUCGUCGGCGUGGAGAGAGACGGGCACUUUGGAGAGCUUCUCAGCGUCGCCUACGGGGAAGAGGCGGGCGAAGACGCGCUUCUGUUCGAGGAGUUGAUCCUCGUGCUGCGAGACAAGAGCCUCGUCCCCGCCGCGGCGCGGAUGAUGUGUGAUCACAUCAUGCACAACGCGAGGAAUUUCAAUUUGACACCAACGGGAGUAAGGCUUCGCACGCGCAUACCGGAGGCGAUGGCGUGGAGAGAUCGCCCGAGUCCAAACGGGAUUAAAUUCGGGCGCUACAAAAAAGAUACCGACGCGAACGGCAACGACGCUUACGCUCCCUUCAUCGUCGACGCGACCGGCGAGGAACACCCGUUCAAGUGGCCGUCGCCGACCACCUGGGGCGCGGCCGCGGCGUACGAUAUCUUGUCGCGGCAUCUCAAAGCGCACGGACCGGGGGUUCAGGACGAGCGAACGAACUUUCCUCCGACGCUAUCGCACGCGGACCUGAUCGGGAUCAUGAUGGCGGGGUACGACCCGCGACACGCGCACAAAACCGUGGUGGAAAUUGAUGCGUCUGAGGAAGAGGAGGAAGAGGAAGAAGAAGCAGAAGAAGAAGAAGGAGAAGAAGAAGAAGAAAACGUCAACGAGACCGCGUCCGAGGAAGACGAAGUUCCCGCGAAACGCCGGCGCGGGGAAAAAGCCAUGGGUAAGAGGGACAAUAACUGGGUAAAGCGGAUGCGAGAGUCCGCGGACGUGUUGCCCGACGGCACGCGGCUGAAGCGCCCCGUCGGCGAGUCCGACUUCUUCGGCGUGCGCUGGGGCGCGUCGCUCGGACCGACCGCGAAGCCGUGGAACGCGGUCAUCAACGUCACAGGGAUAGGGAAGGCGACGGACAUCUCCCUCGGGUCGUUCGAGACCAAGCGCGAGGCGGCGCUAGCGUACGAUUUCGAGGUCCGCCGCCGCGGGCUGACGCACAGCAAGCCGACGAACUUCCCUCCUGAGGCGGUCGCGGGGAUGAAACCGCACGAGUCAAAGUUAGCGACGUCGAUUGGCACUGCGAAUACGGAGCUGAUCGAGCGGUUGAAAGCCUCUGUCGCCGGCCAAAUGCCGCUCGCGGGGCACCGCGUCACGGAGCAGUUCGCGGAGAACGUCUGGCGCCGCGCGGAGGUGCGCGUGCCGUACCACAUCAUGACCCCGAAGUCCGCCAAGACGGCUGCCGUGGACCACUCCCGGUGGGUGCUCUUACACGAUCUCGUGGCGAAGCUCAACGGCGCGGCGAAGCUGCGGCUGUACGUCGCGCAGCACAAAGGCGAGUUCGCCGGUCUCGGCGCCGGCGUCGACGCGAGGGAGGCGCGACCGGUGACGUCGCUGUUCACGAUCUUCAAGCACAGGCACGACAGCGGCGCGGAGGACGACGUGAUUCUCGCCGGGUUCCACCCGUUCGAGCACCUGUUGAAAAGGGAUCCUCCAAUACCGUACAACGUCGUGCAGCUGAUGGAGGGCGACGCGUACGACCUCACGGCGGAGGAGAUCACGGAAGAUCUGCGAAGGCAAGGGCUUCCCGUGGACGAUGGUCGCCACGAGUUGCCCGCCGCCGCGCUCGCGGACGCGCCGAUGAACGACGACGACGACGACGGCGCCGGCGGCGGCGGCGGCGGCGGCGGAGGCGCCGGCGGCUGGUUUCCUCUCCCCCCACGCUCCCGAGGAGGACAUCGACGACGACGCCGACGGCUUGAACGGAACCCGCCGCCGCCGCCGCCGCGCGCGCGCGUCGCGGACCCCGCCGUCGGCGGCCAGCGAACGAUCGAGUACCUGGACCUCACGAAGGACGCGACGGACGCGCUCGGAGAGUGGAAGUCCAAGCUCGAGAAGGGAUGGAUCUCCCGGAAGCAAUACGACGCCAUCAGCGAAAAGCUCGUGUCGAGCUACAUAAAUAAACUGUGA